AGCCACCUGACAUCGCCCUCUUCUCCAUCCGAGCCCAAUGCCUUCCCCUCACCACCUCCGCCACCACCACAACCACAGCCCAACAGAUCAGCGCUGUUGCUGCUGUUCUUGUUGCUGUUACAGCACCUGCUGCUCGCCCCACAACCCUUCUCCACCACCGUCUCUCACCACAUCUGAUCACCUCCUCCAAGCCCUCGCCACCCAACUCCUCCUCCAAUCCGAAUCCCAAUCCCCUCCUCCCCUUCUUGACUCCCAUCAACCCCUACUCAAACCCCACCAAGCCCCACCCCCACUUCAUCCCCUUUUCCAAGAUCACCAACAUGGUCGUGCUUACCACCAGCACCAUCCUCCUCCUCAGCAGCUCUAUCAGCAUCAAGCUUAUCCUCUCAUUCAUUCGCUUCUCCGCCGUGUUUCCGCUCUCGAGUCCUCUUUCCCCCAUCUCGCCUCCUCCGCUUCACCUCCGCCUUCUCCUCUUACAAAGCAUCAACAAAGAAGACCAGUAACACCACCACCGCCACCGCCACCGCCACCGCCAACUUAUUCUUAUUCUUCUUCUGCUCCAUCGCUUCGAGACUUGGCAGCGCGGAAAAUCCAAGCCUCGUUCCGCCGCUUACUUCUUCGGAGAUCCCAGACGCUCCGCCACCUCAAGGACCUCGCCGCCAUGAAAUCCCACGUUGCGGCGCUUAGAUCCGCGCUUUCGGACAAGGCCCACGCCGACCCCAGAGCCCUCUCCGAGAGAGCCAUGGAUCUGCUUCUCCGAUUGGAUGCCGUCCAGAGCAGCGGCCCGAUCGUUCGAGAAGGGUAGCGGUCGAUCAGCAGGGAACUGGCCCGGAUACUGGAGUUCAUUGAUAAGGUGUUGGUCAAAGAGCACCAGCUGUCUCUCGACGCGAUUGAGAUCGCCGGGAACGGUGGACAGGAAAGAUCUUUUGUGGAGGAUGGAAGGACUGAAAGUGAAGGAGCUGAGGAAGUUAUGAGGGUUGCCAAAAAAGUGAGCUUUUUAGAAGAUGGGAAGAGAUCAAGGGUUUCUUUUAGCGGCUGCAACCAGUUUGUGGAGGAACUCAGCAAUGCCGGUUAUCAAAAUGGUCAGGUGAAGAGCUUAGGUGGGAAAGCUGCAAGGAACGGGGCAAGAGAUCGUAUGGGAUCAGAAAGGUUUUAUGAGAUCAGUGAAGAUGAGAAGAGCUCUGAGGGUUCUGUAGAGAACAGUAGCAGAGUUGAGAAGUUCCUGAGUCGGAAUGGCAGGUUGGGACUCUCUGCUCCCUUGCCUGUGCAAAUGGAGCCUAGGAGAAUGUAAUUCAAGGGAUUAGAAGGAACAAGUGAAUGCAUCAAAACUGAUGUCAUUUCAAAAUGCAUCAAGAGUUCAUCUAUUUGCCUUCUAGGAGUGACAAAGUUAGCAGUCCUUUGCCUUUCGGCAGUUGGAUGAGAAGAGCUGCCUCUGUUUGGUACGUCCUUUUUAAUUUUGUUGUGCUAUGUUUUCUGUACUGUAGGAUGCGUAGAAUGAUUGUCAUACUGCUAUUAAUUUGGACUAGUUAUUUAGUGGUGUGAAGAUUAACAUGCUUCUGAUUAUCUAAUUUCUUGGAUAGGAUCUGCUUGUUUAUCA